CCCGGCCACCUGCACCGCCUGCUGUCCGCUCCACCCUGCUGCGCCUCUUGCAGCCAUGCCCUCGCGCAAGAAGAAGAGCCAGCGCGGCGCGCCCCUGCCGCCCGGCCCGAGCCGCACCGACUCGCUGCGCGCCGACGUGUACCGCAACGUCGACAAUGGGCUGGAGACGAAUCCUGACGCCUUUGCUGCUGGCGAGGACGACGAUGCCCUCGAUCUGGCGGACCAGCUGCUCGCGACACUCGAUGCACGCGACGCAGAGGCCGCAGGUGCGCAGGAGGCAGGGACGCUGCCGGUAGACAAGGCAGCUGCGGGCAGCGCGGGCCACACAGAGAGCCACCGCAAGCUCUCCUCGUCGCUGAAGGAGGCCAGCGGGCGCCUGUUCAGCCGCAGCCCGGAGAAGCCCGAGGAAGGGGACGAUUCGCAGGCGCGGCGGCGCAGCUUCGGGCACAGCGCAGGCGAGGGGAUACGCAAGCUGCUCAGCGGCGGUGCGGGGACAGAGGCUGGUGAAGGGAAAGGGGGCAAGGUCAACCGGGCAAAGGCCAGGCUUGCACGGAGAGACGCAGAGCAGGCUGCCAUGCGCAGCCAGGCAGAGGCAGAGCUGCGCGCAAACGGCGCCAAGCCCGACGAGGCGGAGCGGGAGCGCCGCGGCAUCGAGGAGCUGUGUCGCGCGCUCAACGUGACGAUGCGCGAGAUCAAUCCCGACGGCCACUGUCUGUACGCAGCGGUUGCUGACCAGCUCAACUCGCGCGGCAAAGUCGCCAAGAAGGUGGACUUUCGCGACACGCGCCGGGCAACGGCAGAGCACAUGCGCGGCCACGCCGACGACUUUAUGCCGUUCAUCUCCGACUCGGACGAGCACAUGGCGGGCAUCCAGAACACCGACGCCGGCGCGCUGGACAGCUCCGUCAAGGGCAUGACGAAGCACUUUAUGGACUACUGCGACGCCGUCGAGAACACGGGCGUGUGGGGCGGGCAGCCCGAGAUCCUGGCGCUGUCGCGCGCGUACAAGACGCAGAUCCACGUCGUGCAGGCCGGCUCGCCCGUGCUCAAGGUCGGCGAGGGCGAGCAGAAGGGCGAGCCGCUGCAGAUCUCAUACCACCGCAAGAUGUACGGGCUGGGCGAGCACUACAACUCGCUCCACAAGGCAUCGAAAAAGUAAUGCGGACGCGAUUUCCCGUGCCAGAACACGCUCGGCCUGCUGUGUCACGCGCGAGGCAUCAC